CGAAAACACGAGAGACAGAGUGGGAAAGAACCGUGGCACGUCUAUUGGGUUGGUCUCUCGAAAGACCGGUUUUUUUAAAUUAAAUAAUAAUAUAUUUUUUUUUUUGACGCGAAAUUAAAUAAUAAUAUUAAUAAAAUAGGAAAUGAAAUUUGUUUUGAGCGAACUGGAAAUUCUCCCUCCCCUUUAUAUUUCAUCUUUCUUGUAUAUGUACAUACGUCUUCUGUGUGAGUUUUCCAGACAGAAGGCGAGAACGACGUUGGUUAUUAGGGUUUUUGUUUUUACGCCGUUUCAUGGUCACAGACUACAGUUACCCAACAUGAAGAAAAAGCUAGAUACCCGUUUUCCAGCUGCUAGGAUCAAGAAGAUUAUGCAAACAGAUGAGGAUGUUGGAAAAAUCUCUAUGGCUGUACCUCUUUUAGUAUCCAAAGCUUUGGAACUAUUUCUACAAGAUCUUUGCCAUCAGACGUAUGGUAUUACUCAGCAGAAAGGUGCAAAGACCAUGAAUGCUCUGCAUUUAAAACAGUGUGUGCACUCGUUUAAUGUUUUUGAUUUCCUGAAGGAUAUUGUCAGCAAAGUUCCUGAUUUGGGUGGGUCUGAUACUGCUGCUGGGGAGGAACGAUCUGCUGCGAAGAAAAGGAAAGUUGUAGAUACCGAAGGCCAUAAUAGUGAUGAGGAUUUUCAGAAGAAUAAAACGCAUGAAGUUGGUCAUCACACUAGUGGCAGAGGAAGGGGUAGGGGCAGAGGUAGAGGGCGUGCUCGAGGUAGUCGAGUUAGAGACAAAGAGGCAUAUCAUGACAGGUACGAAGAUGAUCCAGACGAUUUCAAGUACAAGAAAAGUAAUGAUCAAAAUCUUGAAGUUCUAGAUGAUAGAGCAGAGCCUGAAGGACCCAAGGAGAAGAUUGCAUGUGAUGAUAGCACCAAAGCAUCGGUUCGAAACUUUGACUUGAAUGUUGACUUGAAUGAGACUGAGGACUUAACGGCUGUGAUGACCCCACCUCCUGUUCCUGUUCCUGUUCUUACACCUGUCCCUUUCCCUGCUCAGACUGCACAGAUCAUUCCUGAAAACAAGCACGGGGACUACUCUGGUUGGUCCUUGGCGGAUGUGGAAAAGAUGGCCAUUGAUCCCAUACAACUGGCCAGCUUAAAUAGGAGGAUGGAUGAAGAUGAUGAAGAUUAUGAUGAAGAAAGUUAACUGACUGCAGAAUAAAUAGUUAAGGCUUAAGGUUGUUGGUUGAUUCCAUUAUUUUAGAUAAUAGUCAUCUUUUGAAUACUUAGUUAAGAGGAGGUAGGAUCAUACUAGACAAUAGGUAAAGAAAAACAAUGUAGGAGUGACUUUGUUCAUGACAGAUGUUUAGGAGAAGGUAGAUGAAAGAAAGAAGAAUUUAUUGAUUUUAGUUAAAUAUAGGAUUAGAGGAAUUCUUUACUUUUGAUUUCUCUAACAGUUUGCAGUAUAUAUAUGCCCUGUAACAAAAGAAAGUUCAGUAAAGAGAAGAGACCACAUUGUUUGAUUUUUC